AAGCAAAGAUUGUAAUUUGUCUCAUUAUGAAAUAAUGACAUAAUUAUCUUUUUCAACCUUUAUGAAAUAAUGCGGUACUUCAAGACUAUGGAAAAACGAUGUUUCAUUUUGCGCACUUUAUGUCAAGUCACAUUAACUAAACAGAUUUAAUAAUCAUCCGCAACAUCUACAUUAUCAUUUGUUGGCAGUAACAAGCUAUUACCAUGUUACGUCAUUUUACACGAUGAGAUUCAUCAGAGAGUCUAUAAAUAGUAGUACUCUACCACCAACAACGUACGUUCAAUUCAUUCAGCGACCAAUCUGUUCAUUCGUAUCACACAACAUGGACGUAUUACAAACACGUCCUGCGAUAUUAUCGUUAAUAAAAACCGUCUCCCAGGAACACGGAAUCAACAACCAUGUGAUCACAGACGUAAAAACAAAUCAAAAAGGUGAAGGAUAUCUCGGAGAAAUUUUUAUGGUUACGGUGAAGGAUACAACUGGUGAUAAGAAACAACUAGAGAUGGUAAUAAAAGCAGCUUUCAUUGACGAAAAAGUUAGGGAAAUGGCGCCAAUUAGAUUGUCUUUCGAAAACGAAAUCUACUUUUACACUUCCGUACAUCCUAUAUAUGAAAAGUUGGACCAGGAGAAAGCAGUGUCUCCCAAGGUUUUGUACGUACCAAAGUGUAUAAAAGUUUCGGUGAAAGAUCAAGAGGAAAUGUUAGCCUUGGAAAAUUUGAGGGUUUCUGGAUUUGAAAUUUUCGACAAGAAGCUGGUUCUGGAUGAUGAACACGUAAAAUUGAUUUUUAAAACUUAUGGGAGAUACCAUGGUUAUUCUUUUGCUUUACGGGACCAAAAACCUGAAGAGUAUGCCAGAAUAACUAAAGGAUUCUAUAACAUUUACGACGAGUUUAUGAAAAAUGAUUACUUCGGGAAUCAUUUAAAGGACGUAAAUAAGUUAGUACAAGCGACUUUGGUACCUGGAGAGGACGACAAAGUCAUCCAAAAAUAUGGAAAAUAUACCGACGAUAAUGUUGUUAAAAUUUUUGGUGACAUAACACGACAAGAUUUUGACUAUUCUGCAAUUCUGCAUGGAGAUUGUUGGAGCAAUAACAUGAUGUUCAAAUAUGAUGACACGGCUAAUGGGAGGAAACCUGUGGACAUGCGCCUGCUCGAUUUUCAGUUAAUUAAAGUUGGAAGUCCUGUAUGUGAUUUAUCUUACUGUUUGUAUUCCGGUGCAUCGAAGAAGGUUUUCGACAAUUUGAAUGAAUAUCUUCAGAUUUACCACGACAGUUUGUCGUCCUUCGUGAGAGAAUUGGGGAGUGACCCUGAGCGACUUUUUCCAUUUUCAGUCCUUAAGGAGCAUUGGAGAAAGUAUGCAAGAUGGGGAAUGAUCAUGAGUUUUGCUAUUUUGAAGAUGAAGUUGAUUAACAAAGAAGAUCUCGUUGAUUUGACGGAUGGAUACGAUAUGGAUGAACUUGUUGAUGUUUUUGCUAACGUGAAGUUUAACGAGGAGGAUUAUAAUAAGAGGAUUAGGGGGCUUUUGUGGCAUAUGUAUGAAGUCGAAGCCUUGUAAUAACGGUUGUAUCGUUAGUGGUUUUAAUUGAAUUUAAAUUAUUUUUGUUGUUAUUUUGUAUUCACGUGUCAGGUUAUUUUUAUCCUUAUGAAUACACUAGAGCUGUGAUUGUAGGAAAUUUUUUGAUAAAAUUGGAGGUUUGCUUUAGAUAAGUUCAUGGUAAAUAAUUAUAUGUGUAUACGUACGUUUUUAAGCGUAAACUUAGUGGAACUCUACUUUUAGCUAGAGUAAAUUUAAAAUGUACAAAUAAACAAAUCCACGUUAUUUGAAAAAGAAACAUUUAUUCAUGGAAAAUUCCUUUCCUCAUUAUUAUUUACAAAUCUAAUUAGUUUUC